AUGACUCCUUGGUCAGAAUUAGAAAAUGCACAGCCUAAUUCCGAGAAAUAUAUCGAAGGAGACUUGAAUUUGCAAUCUCCCAUACCAGCCAAUGACAAGAACAUCAACAAAACUGACAAGAGCAUCAACAAAGCCAUUAAUGAGUCUCCUGCUUCCAAGAUUGAACUUCUGCCCUCAUAUUCUACAGUAGCCUUGAUUGAGGAGCAUACUGAGGUGGAUGACCCCUGGGACUUGCCUGAACUCCAGGACACUGGAAUUAAGUGGUCCGAGAGAGACACUAAAGGGAAGAUUCUCUGUGUCCUCCAGGGUAUUGGGCAAUUAAUUAUACUCUUAGGGUUUCUGUACUUGUUUGUGUGCUCUUUGGAUGUCCUCAGCAGUGCUUUCCAGCUGGUUGGAGGAAAAGUGGCUGGGCAGUUCUUUAGCAAAAACUCCAUCCUGUCCAACCCUGUGGCAGGGUUGGUGAUUGGUGUUCUGGUGACAGUAAUGGUGCAGAGCUCCAGCACUUCCUCAUCCAUCAUUGUCAGCAUGGUGGCCUCCUCACUGUUGACUGUAAGAGCUGCCAUCCCCAUCAUUAUGGGGGCAAACAUCGGAACGUCCAUCACUAACACCGUUGUGGCACUGAUGCAGGCAGGAGACAGAAAUGAAUUCAGAAGGGCUUUUGCAGGGGCCACUGUCCACGACUUCUUCAACUGGUUAUCUGUGUUGGUUCUCUUGCUAGAGGUCAUCGCCCACUACCUGGAGAUCCUGACCAACCUUGUGGUGGACACUUUCCACUUCAAGAACAGGGAAGAUUCCCAAGCCCUUCUGAAAGUCUUUACAGAUCCCUUCACAAAGCUCAUUAUCCAGCUGGAUAAAAGCAUUAUCCACCAAAUUGCAAUGAAUGAUCCUACAGCCCAGAACAAGAGUCUGAUCAAGAUUUGGUGCAAAACUCUUACCAACAUGACUCUGAUGAAUGUCACAGUCCCCUUACCUGACAACUGUACCUCCCCUUUCCUCUGUUGGACAGAUGGUAUCCACAUCUGGACCAUUAAGAAUGUGACCCAUACGGAGAACAUUGCUAAAUGCCAGCACAUCUUUGGGAAUUUCAACCUACCAGAUCUUGUUGUGGGCAUCAUCCUGCUCAUCAUCUCCCUGCUUGUUCUCUGUGGCUGUCUGGUCAUAAUCAUCAAGCUCCUGGCAUCUGUGCUGAAGGGGAAGGUGGCUACUGUCAUCAAGAAGACCAUUAACACUGAUUUCUCAUUUCCCUUUGCAUGGAUGACUGGUUACUUGGCCAUUCUUGUGGGGGCAGGCAUGACAUUCAUCGUGCAAAGCAGCUCCGUGUUUACAUCAGCCAUGACUCCCCUGAUUGGUAUGGGAGUGAUAACCAUUGAGAGGGCAUAUCCACUCACUCUAGGUUCCAACAUUGGCACCACUACCACUGCCAUCCUGGCUGCCUUAGCUAGCCCAGGCAACACAUUGAAGAGUUCACUCCAGAUAGCCUUGUGCCACUUUUUCUUCAAUGUCUCCGGCAUCUUGCUGUGGUACCCAAUUCCUUUCACUCGCCUUCCCAUCCGCCUGGCCAAGGGCCUGGGCAACAUCUCUGCCAAAUACCGCUGGUUUGCAGUCUUCUACCUGAUUGUCUUCUUCUUUCUAAUACCGAUGGCAGUAUUUGGCCUUUCUCUGGCCGGCUGGCAGGCGCUGGUAGGCGUUGGAGUGCCCAUUGCCUUCCUAUUGCUUCUGGUCGUCUUCCUCCAGCUACUGCAGUCCCACUACCCACAUAUCUUGCCCCAGAAACUCCGAGAUUGGAACUUCCUGCCUUCCUGGAUGCACUCGCUGAAGCCCUGGGACCACUUUAUCUCCCUGACCAUCAGCGGCUGCCAGAACCAGUGCAGCCAUGUAGCCUGCCUUAUGUAUGGCUGUGCCAAGUGCUGCCACUGUGGCAAGUGCUGCAAAGACCAGAAGGAGACGCCAGAGGACCAGAAGGUCCAGACCGAGGCCUCUGAAGCCUUUAACAAAGAAGCCGAGAACAAAGACAUCCCAAAUGAGGACAAAGCCAACAUCAAUUCCCAGGGUAAGAAGAACAUGUCUAGCAACAAAGCCUUCUAG